AUGAAUGAUUCAAUUAGUAGUCCAAUUAAGGCUACAUGUAGAGAUAUGGCCUUAAAAAGUAGUUUGCAUUCAUUUACAUUUAGUUUAAAAGAUUUUGAUAUAGCUGGGUUUUUAGGGGAUGGUGCUCAUGGUAGUGUUUUUUUAGCGUGUGAGAGAAGAACAAAUUUUAUUUGUGUAUUAAAAUGUAUAUCAAAAUCUCAUUUAGUCAAGAGUACACAAGAAGCAUUAUUAAGAAAAGAAAUAGAAUUACAAGCUCAUUUGAAACACCCACACAUAGCAUGUAUGUAUACGUGGUUUCACACAAGUAGUCACGUUUUUUUUGUCAUGGAAUACUGUUCCAACGGAGAUUUAUUUACUUAUUUAAAUGAACAUGGUCCAUUUUCAGAAAAAAAAGUUGCAGAAAUGUUGUUUGAAAUAAUAUGGGCAAUAAGAACUUGUCACGAUAAAAGAAUUGCUCACUUAGAUUUAAAACCAGAAAAUGUUUUAGUAAAUCAUGAAGAAAAAUGUAAGCUAGCUGAUUUUGGAUUAUCUGCACACAUUGGAUCGAAACAUAAAAAAAAAGGAAUUUCUCAUUACAGAGGUACUCAUGAUUAUUGGUCUCCUGAACAGUGUGCAAGACACCAAAAAAAAAAACAGAAUUUUGGAGAAUUUGAUCAGAAAACUGAUAUAUGGACCUUAGGAAUUUUAGCAUUUGAAUUAAAAUUUGGUAGACCUCCUUUUGGAUCAACAAAUGAAGAAAGAGAAAGUAUUAUUAUGAAUAGAAUACAAGAUUAUCAUUGGAGUCAACUAUUUUGUGAAAAAGUGAAGAAAGAUUUAAUAGAUAAACUAUCCCCUGAAUUUAAGGAUUUCUUAAAUUUAUGUUUAGAUAAAAAUCCUAAAAAAAGACCAACAGCUGAAUCAUUAAUUCAACACCCAUUUAUUUUUAUACAUAACAAAAAUAGGCCUUGUAUAAAAGCUUAUGCAACGCAACCAAGAGGUAGACAAGGACCCAAAUUAAGUCAUAAAGGAUUUAAUGAGCAAGAAGGGUCAUUUUUAACACCUAUUUGGUUUCACAACAAAUGA